AUGAAGUACUUCAAGCUUGAGUGGCUUUUGCUUGUCGCCUUAUUAUUAUGCCUCGGCGAUGUAUUUGCGGCACCAAAACGCAAAGCGAAACCGUUUCCCAUCAGGCUGCCAAAGAUUAACAUAAACAUUCAUCAUAAUAAUAUUCACAUUGGUUAAGUUUGUGUGAAAAUAGAAAACAUAGUUGAAGUUAUAUAAUUAAUUAUAAUUAACUACAAGCAAGUUUAAACCUACAAUAGAUAUUAAAAUUGUAUGAAACUAUU